AUGCCUUACUUCAAACCAAUAAAGAGAAUCUUCACAGAAUCCGAUUUGGAACAAUGGAAGCACUGUGAAACAUACAGUUACAUCGUGGAUACCAUAGAAACUCUGGCGUCUUCUGUGGAGGGUAAAGAGCUUGGAUCGCCCACCAGUAUCACUCCUUCAGCUCAAACCCUUCUAGAUAUUCUAGAAACGGUUUCGGAAAUUGUCGACAAAUAUCCAGUGGUACAGGACAAAGGCAGCUCCAGGUUUGGAAAAGUUGAGUUCAGAGAUUUUUAUGAUGAUAUUGAGGCUAAUUCCGAAAAAUUACUUGCCCCUUUGGCCACAAAUAAUGAGCAAUCGCUGAUAGAACUAACCACAUAUUUCAAUAACUCUUGGGGGGAUCGCAUCAGGAUCGACUACGGAUCAGGCCAUGAAUUGAACUUUCUUGCAUUUUUGUUAUGUUUAUUAAAACUGAAAGUUUUAACCCUAAACGAUUCUCAAACUAUUGUGCUUAAGAUAUUCUCCAAAUACCUACAGGUCAUGAGAAAGAUCCAGAAACUCUAUUGGCUAGAGCCAGCUGGAUCGCAUGGAGUUUGGGGUUUGGAUGAUUAUCAUUUCCUGCCCUUUUUAUUCGGAGCAGCUCAAUUGAGUCCUAUGACCAGGUCCCGACCAUCUUCUAUUCACAAUAAAGAUAUCGUGGACAUGUACAAAGACAAGUAUUUCUACUACCAAUGCAUUGACUUUAUCAACCAAGUGAAGACUGGUCCAGGUUCUGGAUCAUUGAGGUGGCAUUCUCCAAUGUUGGACGAUAUCAGUGGAGUACGUAAGUGGUCAAAAGUUUCAGAGGGUAUGCAAAAAAUGUAUAAAGCCGAAGUUCUGUGUAAGCUACCUAUCAUCCAACAUUUCUACUUUGGUAGCAUCUUAAAAGCGCCAGAAAACUUAUCAGAUCCAUCAGAAAGCGCUGAUAAUGAACAUGGACAUCAGCACACUUGGGGAGAUUGCUGUGGUAUUGCAAUUCCUAGCCCCUUUGCUGCAAAAGAAAUGCAGCAACACACGAAAACUAUACCAUUUGAUUAG